AUACAGUUUUUCUGAAGCGCGAAAAAGAAUAAAAUAUCACAAAAUCACAAAAUAAUGGGAGGGUUUCCGAUUCUGAAACUGAAAAACCCUCUUCUUCUAGGGUUUUAAGUUCACCCUCUCUGAGCUUCGAAGCUCCGUCAAUGGCAAGCACUAAGCCCGUCGACGCCUCCCUCUGGUGGGACUCUUUCUCUCUCUUACUAACCGAGCUCGAAAAUGCCUCUCUGUCGUCCGACCUCCCUCCCAUUCUGGUAAAGACAUUGAAGGACAAUCAUGCAUGGUUCGUGGACACAGUGUCUUGCUUCAAGCCGCCCAAUGAGAAUUCGAGGGAGGCUUUGAAUUCACAGCAAAUGAAAAUUGGGUCUCAUCAGUUGAAUAUAAAGCCUGAAUUGAAAGAUAAAGCUUUGAAAAUCAGCUCCUAUUUGUGUCUGGAUGAGGUGCAAUUGUACAUUCUUGUUGAAAGGUCUCUUGAGAACAAAGAUGUAGCUCUUGACUCUAUACUGCACGAGUAUUUUCAUGCAGUGAUUAUUCACUAUUACGUUGAACGCCAGUGCCUGCUGAAGUGCACGAGGAGUAUUCUCACACAUGCUUUGUCUUUUGGAAGCGUCUCUGGAGAAGCUAAUGCUAUUAAGGAGGAAGUACUAAAGUUGAUUUCUGACGGAAUGGAGGCGAAGCUGAUAAAUGUGCUGCAAGUCCUUUCUCCUCCGAUCACCCUGAACAAAUGUUCAUUGACAUCAAAAUUACAUCUUACUGCAUUGUUGACCAUCUUUGGCUACAAUGUCAGUAGUGGGGGACAGGAAGCUGACACAAUGGACAAGGAUAUUGAUCUUUUCACUUUGUGGGCUGAGGAGACACUAAUUGAAGACAAUUUGGUUUUGGACAUUCUUUUCCCUGCUUAUUAUGAGUCAUUUUGUACUUGUAAUGGUGAAAGGUGGAAAACUUUGUGCGUGCUCUAUAAGGGAAUUUUAUCUGGGUCUUAUAACUUUGAAAAGCUGGCAGUAUCAACUGAAGCACUACGUUCUUCUUAUCAAACAAAAUUCCAGCUGCUUCUAAUCCUUAUAGAAACCCUGGACCUGGAAAGUCUUCUCCAGAUGGUUCAUGAUGCAAUCCCUUUCAGGCAGGGCACAUUUGUUUUUACUUUGGCUGAUGUCCAAGAGAUGGAAGCGAUAAUUUCAACAUUCAAUGCUUUUGAAACAAAAGAAGCAGGUCCAUUAAUUCUAGCCUGGGCUGUGUUUCUUUGUCUGAUUUCGUCACUUCCAGAUAGUGAAGAGAGCAAUGUACUAAUGGAGAUUGAUCAUGUUGGUUAUGUUCGUCAAGCAUUCGAGGCUGCAUUGUUGAAUUAUUGUGUUGAAAUCCUUCAAAGUGAUGUAUUGAAGGAACCAGAUGGGCCUGCUGACGGCUACCGUAGUGUGUUGAGAACUUUUGUAUCUGCAUUUAUUGCCUCUUAUGCGAUCAGUCUUCAGCUGGAAGAUAAAUCUCUGAAGUUAAUACUGGAUAUUCUUUGCAAAAUUUAUCAGGGAGAGGAGUCACUUUGUAUCCAGUUUUGGGAUCGUGAAAGUUUUAUUGAUGGCCCUAUCCGGUCUCUUCUUUGCAACUUAGAGGGUGAAUUUCCUUUCAGGACUGUGGAACUAGUUCGCCUUUUAUCAUCACUUUGUGAAGGAACUUGGCCUGCAGAAUGUGUGUAUAACUUUUUGGAUAAGUCUCUGGGUAUAUCAUCCCUGGUUGAGAUUAAUGGCUCCUUUGGGGAGGACAGGUCUCAAAUUGUGGAGACGCACCUCCCGUUGCAUGUUCCUGGAUUUGAAGGUCUGGUCAUUCCCAGUAAAACCUGUGGACAUAUUUUAAGAUUAGUUAGUGGAAAUACCGCUCUUGUACGAUGGGAGGCUGUAUGUUUUGCUCUGAUGGACAUUGGGAACUCAUCACAUUUCCAAUCAACGGGCAUGAAUGGGCAGACAGAAAGUAAUAUGCGGUUGGUUGAGGUCAUUUGCACUUUGGUCAGAAAAUUAUCUCCUACUUCGGACGGUGCCGCUCUGAUGUCCGUGGGUAUAAAUAUCUUGGCAAAGAUGUUAAGAUGUUCCCCUUCUCGUGUGUCUGAGGUCGCCUUAAAAGCAAAUAUAUUUGGUUUCAGGAAUGGCCACAAUGAUCCAUCAAGUGGAACAUGGUUUCUUUCUGGGAAACUGGCAAAGAUGCUAUUAAUUGACUGUGAGCAGAAUGAUAGUUGCUGCUCAUUGACUAUAUCAGUGCUGGACUUUACCCUGCAUCUCGUGGAGACAGGAUUAAAAAAUGAUGCUGUCCUGGAUUUAAUUGUUUUCUCCAUUCAGUAUGUUCUUGUUAACCAUGAAUACUGGAAAUUCAAGGUGAAGCAUACUCUUUGGAGAGUAACAUUGAAGGUGCUAGAAGUGAUGAAAAAAAUUAUUACAUCAGUAUCAUACUCUGAAAAGUUGGAUGAAGUCAUCCUGGAUAGGUUACUGUCUGAUUCGUCCAUCCAUAGUAAACUACCCAAGCACUGGAGAGACUUUAUUUCAGCCGGCUCAUUGAUCUAACAGAGAUUGAAGGUCUACAGAUGGCUAUAUGUUCCGUUUUAGAUAUCCUUUUCAUCAUGCUCUCUAAAUUUUCUAAGGAUAUAUCUUCCAGUCCUCCAUUUUUUCAUCAAGCAGUUUUCUCAUCAGCUAGCAGACCAAUUCCUAUUGUUGCAGCGCUUGUGUCCUUGAUAUCUUACUUUCGCAAUCCUGGAAUACAAGUUGGUGCUGCUAGGGUUUUAUCACUGUUCUUGAUGAUGGCUGAUUUUUUGGUCGGAUCGGAUUGGAAACAAGCAUUCCAAUCCACUCCAAAAGGGGUUGGAAUCAAAUAUUAGUUCCAAUUUCGGAUUUUGGAUUAUGAGAAUUUAUCAGAAAUUUCAAAAUUGAUUUUAUCUCGGAAUUUUUGGAAUAUAAUUCGUAUCUCUUGCAUUUUGCAAGACUUUGAAAAUUUUCAAACUUUUAUGUAUCCACCAUUCAAUAUUUUUUCUGAAUUUUUGCAAUAUUUGUAGGCCGCUGCAUGUGUGUUAUGAGAUAAAAUCAUAUUAGAUAAAAUAAGUUCUAGUCUUAUUUUUUAUUUUUCUACGAAUCUAUUAAUUUUAACUUGUGAAUUAUGUCUCUGGUUUUGUUUUCACUUUGGUUGGCUGUUUAUCACUUCUUUUUUCAUCUUCAUACAUUCUGUGAAUUUGUUGGUUAUGUUUUAUGAGUUGAAGCUUUUGGUUUUCCUCUUAAGUUCACUGCUCUAGGAAAUAGUCAUUUUUUGUAUAAGAAAGUUUCUCAUUAUUGUGUUCAAUCUGCUUCAUGACAUACGUUAGUACUAACCUAUUAUCUACACUAAGGGGUGGGGGAGUGGCUUUGGCGAGAAUCGAAAAUAAGACCUCUCACUUACAAGUGAAGAGUUGCUGCAAGUGUAAUCACUGCUUGUGUGAUGGUGAACUUAUCAAUUGGUGAUGCAGGAAGUUUGUCUAUGUCAUUAGUUGAGAAGUCCAGUAACACGUCAAAUAAGCUGAGAAGUCAUCCUGCUUUUUCUGAAUUGUUAGCUCAAUACUCACAGCAUGGUUACAGUGCAGGGAAAGAGCCAAACUAUUUGAUACUUAGUGAUCUCUACUAUCAUCUGCAAGGACAGCUUGAAGGCCGUGAAAUCCGUGCUGGACCAUUCAAAGAACUCUCUCAGUUCCUAAUUGAAUCAAAUAUUUUUCAGACUUACCAACACAAGGAUGAUGGUGAUCUUUUUGUGACUGGAAGAGAUACAUACUUAUUUGAUCUUAAAUUUGUACGUGCUGAUUUGGGGUUAGAUCUUUGGGAUUAUUCAAAAUGGAAAGAAUCGAAGGCAACUGCAGAAACAAUGUUGCAUCACAUGAAAGCUGCAAACUCAAUGGCGAUGCUUACAAGUUCGAAGCUUUCUGCACUGAGAGCAUUAAGAAGUGUCUUAACUGUAUACGGGGAGGAUUCACUGGAGACAAAGAGUACAGUGAGAUGGAUCCCUGAUCAACUUGUUUUCUCAUGCAUAGAUCACAUAUGCCUGAGCUUCCACAACACAGUAGAAUCAUGAGCUCCAGUACCCAGCGCUUCUGAAGAUAUCUUUCACUUCCUUGCGGCUCAAGCAGAAUUGCUUCUCUAUCUUAUGAUGUAUGCACAUAAAAGCCUGCCUUUAUCUGUUUGCAUUCUCGUACUAAAAACACAAGGUUCUGGCCUUUAAGUGUUGAGUGAUUUCAGAGCAUUAGUUACCGGGCCAUCAGUUAUGGGGGUUGACACUGUAGUAAAGCUCUUACUUAUGUUGCUUCUCUCAGCAGUGGAGUUUGGUUGUCAUAAGUUGCAUUUGGUUGGGGCAAGAGAUAUAAUUUCUGUCGAAGACAUGGCUAAAAUAUCUAAUGUGAGUCUUGGUCUACUACCAGUUCUCUGUAACUGUAUUGCUACUGCUGAGCACGGAACCCUCUCCCUAACUACUAUGGACUUGAUACUUCGAAAUUUCUUGACUCCCAACACUUGGUUCCCCAUUAUACAGAACCACCUCCAGCUUCAGCGUGUGAUUCUGAAGCUUCAAAAUAAAAAUUCUCUUGAGUCUGUGCCUGUUAUAAUGAAUUUCUUUUUUACUCUUGCCCGUUUUAGGCGGGGUGCAGAAAUGCUUAUUAAUUAUGGCUUUCUCUCGUCUCUGAGAUUCUUGUUCGCUGAAUACUUGGAUGGUACGUCUUCUUCCGAAACUAUUGAUAACAGAAAUUCCAACUCAUCAUCUAAGAAACUGGAAAAGCCUCCGCAAAUAUGGGGACUUGGUUUGGCAGUCAUCACAGCUAUGGUUGAGUCAUUAGGAGACAGUGCUGCUUGUUCCAAUCUUGUGGAGAAAGUACUACCUUACUUCUUUUCAGAGAAAGACUAUAUGAUUUCUUACUAUCUAAGUGCUCCGGAUUUCCCAUCUGAUGAUCAUGACAAGAAAAGACCUCGGGCUCAGCAGAGACAAACUUCUCUUACUGAUCUUAAAGAAACUGAGCACACUCUCAUGCUAAUGUGUGUGCUAGCAAAACAUUGGAAUUCCUGGGUUAAGUCUAUGAAAGAAUUGGAUUCCCAGUUGAGAGAGAAAAGUAUCCAUCUUUUAGCCUUUAUCAGUAGGGGAACUCAAAGGCUUGGAGAACCUUCUAGUCUUAGUGCCCCUCUGUUAUGUCCUUCUGUCCUUAAAGAGGAAUUUGAUGGCUGCAAGAAACCCUCAUUUAUCAACAGUAAAAGUGGAUGGUUUGCCCUUUCUGCCCUCAGUUGUGUUUCAAAACCAAAAUUCUCCACCAUCCCUACCACAUCUACUGCGCUGGUUAUUAAAACUCAAGCAACUGUAAAUGGCAGUCACAUUUCUCAGUCAUAUUUCUCUGACUCUAUUGCCCUACAGAUCUACAGAAUAACUUUUCUCCUUUUGAAGUUCCUGAGCUUACAAUGCCUGAGAUCUUACAUGGCUUACAGGACCAAGCAAUUACAAUUGUUACAGAGCUGUGUGAGGUUAACAGAUCAAACGAGAUUCAAAUUGAAGUCCAGAGUAUCUGUUGCUUACUGCUACAAAUAAUGGAGAUGGCCUUGCACUUGGAACUCUGUGUUCUGCAGAUAUGUGGCAUAAGACCCGUACUAGGUCGUGUGGAGAGGAUUUUUCAAAGGAAGUUAAACAUUUAGUAAAAGCGACGGAGAGACAUGCUUUCCUCAAACCAUCUGUGAAGUCCUUGAAACAGAUAUUAUCGGUCGUUUAUCCCGGAUUAUUACAGGCUGACGAGUUUCUGUGAGAUAGUCUUGUGCAUAUAGGCGAAAACCGAAAACUGUAAGGCUUUGCAAUGUAAUGUAAAAACUCUGCAUCACUUAAAAGGAAGGCUCAGAUGAACGGCUUUAGAAAUAUUCCACAUUUUGGUUAUAAAAUUGUGGGGUUUCGUUGA